AUUAUUUUUUAUUAUAUUAAAUAAAUAGUUGUAUAAAUAGGUUAGUAUUGACAAGUUAUAAAAGGAAGAGAGUUUCAGUUUUCUUAUUUCUUCUUCUUCAAUUCAAUUACAUACAAAGAAAAUCAAACACAGAUUACAGAAAACAAAGAAAGAAAGAAAGAAAGAAAGAGAGAGAGACACAGAUUUGACCUAGGGAUUUGGGCUUAUUUAUAUCGUAUUUAUAUAUUUAUAUAUAUACACGUUUCUCUCCUUUCUCUCUUUCUCUCUUUCUCUCUCUGUCUGUUCAUGGUGAUCGCUGUGGAGAUUGAGAGCAGUAGUAGUAGUCAUCAUCAUCAACAGAGGAAGAUAGGUCCGACGGGAAUGCGACUGGGAAAAUACGAGUUGGGAAAGACUUUAGGAGAAGGAAACUUUGGCAAAGUCAAACUUGCUCAUGAUCUUAAAACCGGUAAUCUAUUUGCUCUUAAAAUUCUACAGAAGAAUAGAAUCAUCAACCUCAAUAUCACCGAUCAGAUUAAGAGAGAAAUCGCUACCCUUAAGCUCCUCAAACAUCCUAACAUCGUCCGAUUACAUGAGGUCUUGGCAAGCAAAACCAAGAUUUACAUGGUCUUAGAAUAUGUCACUGGAGGAGAAUUAUUUGAUAGAAUUGCAAAUAAGGGUAAAGUCACUGAAGCUCAAGGCAGGAAGCUCUUCCAACAACUAAUUGAUGGUGUUAGCUAUUGUCACAGCAAGGGUGUUUUCCAUCGUGAUCUUAAGCUAGAGAAUGUUCUUGUGGAUGCCAAAGGGAACAUCAAGAUUUCUGAUUUUGGUCUCAGCGCACUGCCACAACACUUCAGGGAUGAUGGUUUACUGCAUACAACUUGUGGAAGUCCCAACUAUGUUGCCCCAGAGAUUCUUGCUAAUAGAGGGUAUGAUGGUGCUACCUCGGAUAUAUGGUCAUGUGGUGUCAUCUUGUAUGUAAUCCUUACAGGAUAUCUUCCUUUUGAUGAUAGAAAUCUUGCAGUUCUCUAUCAAAAGAUAUUGAAGGGUGAGACACUGAUACCAAAAUGGUUAUCUCCCGGUGCACAGAACAUGAUUAGGAAAAUUCUUGAUCCCAAUCCCGUUACCCGGAUAACAAUGGAAAACAUCAAAUCAGAUGAAUGGUUUCAGCAGUGCUAUGCUCCUCCAAAUGCUUACGAAGAAGAAGAAGAGGAAGAUACAUACACUGACAACGACGAUCCCUGCUCAAUUCACCAUGUGACAUCUGAAGAAGAGAAUAGGACUUCAGACUCCCCGGUUUUAAUGAAUGCCUUUCAACUCAUCGGAAUGUCCUCAUGUCUAGACCUUUCUGGUUUCUUUGAGAAAGAGGAUGUGUCAGAGAGAAAAAUCAGAUUUACAUCCAAUUAUUCGGCAAAAGAAUUGCUAGAGAGGAUUGAGGAUAUUGUAAUAGAGAUGGGAUUUUGUGUUCAGAAGAAAAACGGAAAGUUGAAAGUAAUGCAAGAGCACAAGGGCCCCAACAGUUCGGGUUGUCUUUCAGUUGUAGCAGAGGUGUUUGAGAUUAGUCCUUCUUUGUAUGUAGUGGAAUUAAGAAAAUCAUAUGGAGAUGCUUCUGUUUAUAGACAGUUGUGUAAAAAGCUUUCAAAUGAUUUGGGUGUUCCCUCAAACCAGGAGAUCUUGACCACAGGAGUCUAAAGGUCAUUUGAUUAGAAGAAGAAAGUAUAUAAAUAUAACCAUAUGAUAUAAAAGUAAAUCUCAUGUAUAUGUUUUUUUCUUUAUUCUAAAAUCGUAAAAGAAAAUAUGUAUGUGAGACUUACAUUAUUAAGAGGAAUUAUUUCAUUUUUUUUUUCCCUUUCUUUUUGGAAAUGUGGAAUUAGUUCA